AUGCCUGCAGCCCUUUCGCAUUCAAUGAUGCCGAUAUCCAACAGUACUUUGUCCAAACGUCGACGCUUCCAGCCUGCCAUCACCAGCUACUUCAACUCGGUGCCCGGUGAACCUCAUCCCCAAAAUGGCAACAUUGUAUCACACAACCACUAUGCGGCUGCAACCUACUCGCCGACGCCCGUGGUGCCUGCCAAGGUGCAAUCGUCCCUUAUGUCCGUCGGCAUGCGAGUUCGCAAGUCUGUUGCGGAUGGAUACAAAACCCAGUUGGCGUUGAAGACCGAUAAGAUGAUGCCACCCACCAACGCUACUGAGCCCACUUCCGUUCAACCUCAUCUCGGCAACAAUUCUUACGCUGAAUUGGCGCCCUUUUCCGGCCUGGCCAAAUCCUCUCAAGAAUACUCAGCCGACCAUGUGAUCACCGACGACGGAGAUGCCUUCUCUCUCCCGCCCAGCAGCCAAGAGUCUGUCGGCUCCUCUGUGUCUUUUGGCCAAAAGCGAUCGUUUGAAAGUGAUAUCUUCGUCGACGAAGACGCCUCUGAAAACGAUACCAACGGACCCUCGCAGGACGCCCCCGUCGCGCGCCGCAUUCUCUCUCCUAGUCUGGGGCAGCGGCGUCGUAUCCUUACUCUGCGCGGCUCAAUGAGGCAAUCUACAAUGGACCUUGACGAUUUCGAAGAAGCAUCUUUCCUCCGUCGCCGGGAGGAAGUCGAUGCCGACUACAGUCGGAUGGACUGUGCCUGA